UAAAUAGUAAAAAGUGUCUCUUAUUUACGCUUCAGAAAUAAACAUAUAACUGGCGACGAGGAUAAAAAUUAUGUCUUUCUUGGGAAGUAUACCAAGUUUUGACUACAAAACGACCGAGUGGUCAAUUUUCAAGUCAAGAUUGUCGCAAUUUUUAAAGAUAAAUAAGAUUGAAGAUGGCGACAAAGGCGGAGUUCUCCUUACACACGUAACGGACGAAACUUAUCGGUUGAUUCGGAACCUAUCUUACCCGCAAGAGGUCGAAUCACUAAGUUAUUCUGAACUCGUUUUAUUACUCGACGGGCAUUUCAAGCCGAAGGUAUGUACAUUUGCCGAUAAGGCGAAUUUUUACGAAGCGACAAGAAGUCCAGGCGAAUCAUUAGGAGACUGGGCGGCGCGACUAAGAGGUCUCGCAAGCUAUUGCGACUUCGGCGCCGCUCUGGAAACGGUAUUAAGAGAUCGUUUCGUCCUCGGUCUGGGCUCGGGGCCCGAACGCGACAGGCUGUUCGAACAGAGCCCGACCGCAUUGACGCUCACACGGGCUAUUGAACUGGCGGAGCAGGCUGCGUGCGCGAGGCAAGCGAAACUAAGGUGCAGCAGCGAAGCAAUGCUCACCAAAGAAGAGCCUAUAUAUCAACUAGGACAACAAGAUCACUGCAGACGGAGCGGUAACGGCCGUCGGGUCGGCGCUAGUACGUCGGGGUCAUCCGGCGCAGCACCGCGCCGUGAUCUGCGAUGGGAAACUUCAUGCUGUGCGGUGUGCGGGAUGAAAAGUCAUCAUAGCGAUAAGUGUCGGUACAGACGUUACACUUGUCAAAAAUGCGGGAAGAAGGGUCAUCUAAAGAAAGUUUGUGGUAAUGACAGAAACAGAGGGUUUUAUCAUGUCGACUCGGAUUAUGACGGGCAGGGAACGGAGAAUGAGGAGUGCCAGAGCUUCCAGAACUUUAAUAUGAGGUAUGUUACUGAUAAACCUUAUAUGAUUGAUGUAAUGGUCGGUGAUCAGGAAUUGACAAUGGAACUCGAUUCAGGUUCUGGUAGAUCUGUAAUUUCGGAUUUUUUAUAUCGUAGUAAAUUUGUAAACUAUCCUCUAGAAAGAAGUACACUAAGAAUGUGCUUAUACGAUGGCCGUAAAAUUUGCCCGUUAGGUUAUUUCAAUGCUGUGGUAACAUAUAACAAUUUACAAAAAGUUAUAAGAUAUAUGAUGAUUGGAUGGCCGCGUAAGGUUAAUUGUGAAGCGAUUUUGCCGUACUUUCUUUGCAAGUCUGACCUGCAGUUUGAGAACGGAUGUUUAUUUAGAGGACAUCGAAUAGUUAUACCGACUGAUUUGCGGAAUAAUAUGUUAAGUGAAUUGCACGACUCGCAUUUAGGAAUUAUUAAAAGUAAAAACAACGCUCGUAGUCGGAUGUGGUGGCCCGGUAUCGACCGGGACAUUGAACGUUGGAUCGGGUCUUGCGAGGCAUGCGCUAGCGUACGCGCCGCACCGCCACGCGCGCCACCCGCGCCCUGGCCCGCCGACGCGGCGCCAUGGCAACGAGUGCAUAUAGACUAUAUGACCGUAGGAUCAAGGGUAUACUUGGUGGUGGUGGACUCGCACAUGUCCGAUAAUGAUGUUAAAAUAAAUUCAACUGAGUUUAAAACAUUUUGCAAUGCUAAUGGUAUUAAACAUAUGACGUCGCCCAUAUAUCAUCCGCCGAGUAAUGGCCAGGCGGAAAACUCGAUCAGGAGGUAUACCGGGUGUGAUCUGAACUCCGGAAUGAGCACACAGUGCUAUCAAGACUACGGUCCGCCGGUGUUAGUGACUGCAGGCGAUCAUUUUACUCCACCACGACAACAUUCGUUACCAGCUGAGGCUGAUCCACCAAGCGUGCCGACCGAUCAUCAACAAGCACCGCCAGGGUUGAGUGUUAGCGGCGGUACCGUAGGAGAGAGUGAGGCUAGAGUUGAUGAACAGCAGGUUGUAGAGGAAAGGGAUUUUCGAAAAUAA